UCUCCUGCGUCCAAACAGAGGCAGGCGUAGAAGACGCCCCCCCCGCCCUCCCUCUCUCCCCGUGCAGGCAACGCCAGCGGGGCGCAAGCGGCACUCAAGCCUGUGCAUCCUCUGCACACCUAGGAGGGAAGCAAGGAGCCUGCUGCCUCUCCCGUCUCUUUCUCUCCCCCCACCUCUGGAUCCAGAAGGACCCCCUUCUUCCCCCCCCCCCGUCUUUUCCUCUCUCCCCCCAUGCAUCAUUCUCGGGAGCCUUUGAUGGUCUUUGCAGUCACCUCGGCUGGCGUUUAGGCUGGUGCACCGAGGAGGAGGCGGAGGGUCCGUGGCCGAUUGUGCCUCACACUCAUUCCUCCCCCCUUUGCUUUCCUCACCCCGCUUUAUUAUUAUUAUUAUUUCCUGCAUGCAGCCUUCCUUUCUUGCGAAGAAGGGCUGAAACCCCCCCUCCUCUCUGCCCUCCCCAGCCUUUGCCGCGGCUGGGCUCUCUUGUCUCCUAGGCUGGGAGGGCGAGAGGAGGAGGGCGAGGGGCUUUUCCUUGCAAUCCGUGUUCCCCCAUACCUCCCUCCCUUCCGCGGAUGGUGAAAGAAACUGAAGACCCUCGGAAGAAGAGAGUGAAGAAGAGGAGAGCUCAGGAGGAGAGGCGGCAGCUGUAGCUGCGAGUCCUGCAAAGACUGUCUACAGAGACCUAAUUUCCCCCCCUCCCUCUGCACAAGCAUGCUGGCCCACAGGGUUCAAAUGAUGGGGCCCUGGCUGCUGCUCCUAGGAUUUUUGCACACACUAGCAGGGGUCGCCCCUAUUUUUGCCCUUGAAGUAGAAGACUCCAUCAAAGCAAAAGCUCCCAACUCCCCGAGUGCAGCGUGGGUGCUGCAGCCUAGACCUACACCGCCUAACGGGAGAGACCUGAACGCUUGGAACCGGCUCAAGGACCAGCCUUUGGCAUUAUCUGAGGAGGUUGAUGUCAAUAUUGCGCCAGUUCCAAAGUUUGGGGAGCAAGCCCUGGAGAGCUCUACCUCACAAAUAUUGUCACCGAAGACAUGUAGCCCGAAACAGUUUGCAUGCAAAGAUCAAAUCACGUGCAUAUCCAAGGGCUGGCGGUGUGAUGGAGAGAAAGAUUGUCCAGAUGGCUCAGACGAAUCGCCUGAUAUAUGUCCACAGAGUAAAGUCUCCAGAUGCCAGCCCAACGAACACAACUGCCUGGGUACUGAGCACUGCAUCCCCAUGACUGAGCUGUGCAAUGGGGAGAAUGACUGUGUGGAUGGCUCAGAUGAGGGAGUCCAUUGCCAGCAAUUCUUAACAAACUGCUCCACUAUGGGCUGCCAGCACCAUUGUGUCCCGACUCUGAAUGGUCCAGCCUGCUAUUGCAACAGUUCCUUCCAGCUGGCCGAAGAUGGGAAAAGCUGUAAAGAUUUUGAUGAGUGUACCGUGUAUGGCACCUGUAGCCAAAACUGCACCAACCAUCAUGGUUCCUACACGUGCAGCUGUGUUGAGGGGUAUCUUCUCCAGCCUGACCACAAGUCCUGCAAAGCCAAGAAUGAACCAGUGGACCGACCUCCCAUCCUACUCAUCGCCAACUCGCAGAACAUCUUAGCUACUUACUUGAGUGGUGGGCCCGUCCCUAACAUCACUCCCACCAGCACUAAGCAGACUACUGCCAUGGACUUCAACUACGUCGAAGACACAGUCUGUUGGGUCCAUGUUGGUGACAGUGCCUCGCAUACUAUCCUGAAAUGUGCCAAAAUCCCCAAUCUCAAGGGCUUCGUUGAGGAGCGGUACAUCAACAUCUCGCUCAGCUUGCAUCAUGUGGAACAGAUGGCCAUUGACUGGCUCACGGGCAACUUCUACUUUGUGGAUGACAUUGAUGACCGGAUAUUUGUCUGCAACAAAAAUGGGGACACCUGUGUUACUCUUCUUGACCUGGAGCUCUACAACCCCAAAGGCAUUGCAUUGGAUCCGACCAUGGGGAAGGUUUUCUUUACCGACUAUGGACAGAUACCCAAAGUGGAGCGGUGUGAUAUGGACGGACAGAACCGCACCAAGCUGGUUGACAGCAAGAUUGUCUUCCCUCAUGGCAUUACCUUGGACUUAGUCAACCGACUGGUUUAUUGGGCUGAUGCCUACCUUGACUACAUUGAAGUGGUGGAUUACGAGGGAAAGAACCGGCACACUAUCAUCCAAGGCAUCUUGAUAGAGCAUCUCUAUGGCUUGACUGUUUUUGAGAACUAUCUAUACGCCACCAACUCAGACAAUGCCAAUGCCCAGCAGAAGACCAGUGUCAUCCGUGUCAAUCGAUUCAACAGCACAGACUUCCAGGUGGUGACCCGAGUAGAUAAAGGUGGAGCGCUGCAUAUCUACCACCAGCGGCGGCAACCCAAAGUGAGGAGUCAUGCCUGCGAACAGGACCAGCUUGGCAAACCUGGUGGCUGCUCUGACAUCUGUCUCCUUGGCAACAGCCACAAGACCAGGACAUGCCGGUGCCGAUCAGGAUUCAGCUUGGGCAGCGAUGGGAAGUCCUGCAAAAAACCAGAGCAUGAGCUCUUCCUAGUGUAUGGCAAAGGGCGGCCUGGCAUCAUCCGGGGGAUGGACAUGGGGGCCAAAGUGCCCGAUGAGCAUAUGAUCCCCAUUGAGAACCUGAUGAAUCCCAGAGCCUUGGAUUUCCACGCAGAGACCGGCUUCAUUUACUUUGCUGACACCACCAGCUACCUGAUUGGAAGGCAGAAGAUUGAUGGGACAGACAGAGAAACAAUUCUGAAAGAUGGAAUUCACAAUGUGGAAGGCAUCGCUGUGGACUGGAUGGGCAACAAUCUCUACUGGACUGACGAUGGCCCCAAGAAGACCAUCAGUGUCGCCCGGCUGCAGAAAGCAGCUCAAACACGGAAGACCCUGAUUGAAGGAAAGAUGACUCACCCACGAGCCAUCGUGGUGGACCCUUUGAACGGGUGGAUGUACUGGACUGAUUGGGAGGAAGACCCGAAGGAUAGCAAGAGGGGGAAGAUAGAAAGGGCUUGGAUGGAUGGCUCCAACCGGAAUGUCUUUAUUACUUCCAAGACAGUCCUGUGGCCCAACGGACUGAGUCUUGAUAUUCCCGCGAAAGUGCUGUACUGGGUGGAUGCGUUCUAUGACCGGAUCGAGAUGGUUUUGCUGAACGGCACAGAGCGCAGGAUUGUCUAUGAUGGUAAUGAGUUGAACCAUGCCUUUGGAUUGUGCCACUACGGCAAGUUCCUCUUCUGGACAGAGUACCGGAGUGGGAGCAUCUAUCGGCUGGACCAGGUCACCAAGGCUGUCACACUGCUCCGCAACGAGCGCCCACCGAUCUUUGAGAUCCGCAUGUAUGAUGCGCAACAACAACAAGUUGGCUCCAACAGCUGCCGUGUGAACAAUGGAGGUUGCAGCAGCCUUUGCCUGGCCAUUCCCAAAAGCAGACGUUGUGCCUGUGCAGAGGACCAGAUUUUGGGACCAGACUCUGUCACCUGUCAAGCCAACCCAUCUUACAUCCCACCCCCUCAGUGCCAGCCUGGAGAGUUUGCCUGCAAGAACAACCGCUGCAUCCAAGAGCGCUGGAAAUGUGACGGGGACAACGACUGCCUGGACAACAGUGACGAGGCCCCUGAGCUCUGCCAUCAGCACACCUGCCCCUCAGACCGUUUCAAGUGCGAGAACAAUCGCUGCAUUCCCAACCGCUGGCUGUGUGAUGGGGACAAUGACUGUGGGAACAAUGAAGAUGAGUCCAAUUCCACCUGCUCUGCUCGUACUUGCCCUCCCAACCAGUUCUCCUGUGCCACUGGACGCUGUAUACCCAUGUCUUGGACCUGUGACUUGGAUGAUGAUUGUGGGGACCGCUCUGAUGAGUCAGCCACAUGUGCCUACCCAACCUGUUUCCCUCUGACCCAGUUCACAUGCCACAAUGGCCGCUGCAUUAACAUCAACUGGAGAUGUGACAAUGAAAAGGAUUGUGGGGAUGGCUCUGACGAAAAGAAUUGUCCAAAAGCUACCGACAAUGACUGCGGGGACAACAGCGAUGAAGCCGGCUGCAGCCAUUCCUGCUCCAGCAACCAGUUCAAAUGCAACAGCGGGCGCUGCAUCCCCGUACACUGGACGUGUGAUGGGGAUAAUGACUGCGGGGACUACAGUGACGAGACCCACGCGAACUGUACCAAUCAGGCUACACGCCCACCUGGAGGCUGCCACGCAGACGAGUUCCAGUGCCGGCUAGAUGCACUCUGCAUCCCCAUGCGCUGGCGUUGCGAUGGCGACACCGACUGCAUGGACUCCAGUGAUGAGAAGAACUGUGAGGGUGUCACCCACGCCUGUGAUCCAAAUGUUAAAUUCGGCUGCAAGGAUUCUGCCCGGUGCAUCAGCAAGGCUUGGGUGUGUGACGGGGACAGUGAUUGCGAGGACAACUCUGACGAGGAGAACUGUGAGUCGCUGGUGUGCAAGCCACCGUCACACACCUGUGCCAACAACACAUCGAUCUGCCUGCCUCCUGAGAAGCUGUGCGAUGGCAACGACGACUGUGGGGAUGGCUCUGAUGAAGGGAAACUGUGUGACCUGUGUUCUCUGAACAAUGGGGGCUGCAGUCACAACUGCACAGUCGCACCGGGCGAGGGCAUUGCAUGUUCUUGUCCUUUGGGCAUGGAGCUGGGCGCCGACAAUAAGACCUGCCAGAUCCAGAGCUACUGUGCCAAGCACCUCAAGUGCAGCCAGAAGUGCGAGCAGGACAAAUACAACGUGAAGUGCUCUUGCUACGAGGGAUGGAUGCUGGAGCCUGACGGCGAGAGCUGCCGCAGCUUGGACCCCUUUAAGCCUUUCAUCAUCUUCUCCAACCGCCAUGAGAUCCGGCGUAUCGACCUGCACAAAGGAGAUUACAGUGUCUUGGUGCCGGGCUUGCGGAACACCAUUGCUCUGGACUUCCAUCUCAAUCAGAGCUCCCUCUACUGGACUGAUGUGGUGGAAGACAAGAUAUACCGGGGGAAGCUCCACGAGAACGGAGCCUUAACUAGCUUUGAGGUGGUGAUCCAGUAUGGUCUGGCCACACCAGAAGGACUCGCUGUAGACUGGAUCGCCGGCAACAUCUACUGGGUCGAAAGCAACCUGGACCAGAUUGAGGUGGCCAAACUGGAUGGGACCAUGAGGAGUACCCUGCUGGCUGGUGACAUUGAGCAUCCCCGUGCCAUUGCACUGGACCCGCGAGAUGGGAUACUUUUCUGGACUGACUGGGAUGCCAGUCUGCCCCGCAUUGAAGCAGCUUCCAUGAGCGGCGAGGGACGACGCGUCAUCCACAAGGAAACCGGCUCAGGUGGCUGGCCUAAUGGACUCACGGUUGACUACCUGGAGAAGCGCAUUUUGUGGAUUGAUGCCAGGUCAGACGCCAUCUACUCUGCCCUCUAUGACGGCUCAGGCCACAUCGAGGUGCUGCGAGGGCAUGAGUACCUGUCUCAUCCUUUUGCUGUCACGCUCUACGGUGGUGAGGUGUACUGGACCGACUGGCGCACAAACACCCUGGCCAAGGCCAACAAGUGGACCGGCCACGAUGUCACUGUUGUGCAAAGAACCAACACACAGCCCUUUGAUUUGCAGGUCUAUCAUCCUUCUCGCCAGCCACUAGCUCCCAACCCAUGCGAAGCCAACGGAGGCAAAGGCCGUUGCUCUCACCUCUGUCUUAUCAAUUACAACCGCACCUUCUCCUGUGCCUGCCCUCACCUCAUGAAACUGGACAAGGACAACACUACAUGCUAUGAAUUUAGGAAGUUCCUGCUGUACGCCCGCCAGAUGGAGAUAAGGGGAGUUGACAUUGACAAUCCUUACUACAAUUACAUCAUCUCUUUCACUGUCCCUGACAUUGACAACGUCACCGUGGUGGACUAUGAUGCCAUGGAGAGGCGGAUCUACUGGUCCGAUGUCCGCACGCAGACCAUCAAGAGGGCAUUCAUCAAUGGGACCGGUGUGGAAACCGUUGUGUCUGCAGACUUACCCAAUGCCCAUGGCCUAGCUGUGGACUGGAUCUCCAGGAACCUUUUCUGGACCAGCUACGAUGCCAACAAGAAGCAGAUCAACGUUGCCCGGCUAGAUGGCUCUUUCAAGAAUGCCGUGAUUCAAGGACUGGACAAACCUCAUUGCCUGGUUGUGCAUCCCCACAAAGGGAAGCUGUACUGGACAGAUGGAGAUAGCAUCAACAUUGCCAACAUGGAUGGCAGCAACCGUAGCAUGCUGUUCGCGAACCAAAAAGGCCCUGUUGGCCUCUCCAUCGACUACCAGGAAAGCAAGCUGUACUGGAUCAGCUCUGGCAAUGGCACCGUCAACAGGUGUAACUUGGAUGGCAGUGACUUAGAGGUGUUGGAGUCCAUGAAGACACUCUUGCGCAAGGCUACAGCUUUGGCUAUCAUGGGUGACAAGUUGUGGUGGGCUGACCAGGCUGCUGAGAAGAUGGGCACCUGCAACAAGGAUGGGACAGAGGCUGUUGUGCUGCGGAACAGCACCACCCUGGUCAUGCACAUGAAAGUCUACGAUGAGAGCAUUCAGCAGAUAGGCACCAACCCCUGCAGCAUCAACAAUGGAGACUGCUCCCAGCUCUGUCUUCCCACCUCAGAGACUUCUCGUUCCUGCAUGUGCACUGCCGGCUACAGCUUGAAGAGUGGACAGCAGUCUUGUGAAGGGGUUGGCUCUUUCCUCCUCUAUUCCGUGCACGAGGGUAUCCGUGGCAUCCCAUUGGACCCCAAUGACAAGUCUGAUGCGUUGGUGCCUGUCUCUGGUACCUCACUGGCUGUUGGCAUUGAUUUCCAUGCAGAGAAUGACACUAUCUAUUGGGUUGACAUGGGCCUGAGCACCAUCAGCCGUGCCAAGAGAGACCAGACGUGGCGAGAGGAUGUGGUGACCAACGGCAUUGGCCGGGUGGAAGGCAUUGCGGUGGAUUGGAUUGCAGGAAACAUCUAUUGGACAGACCAGGGCUUUGAUGUCAUUGAGGUAGCCAGGCUCAACGGUUCAUUCCGCUACGUGGUGAUCUCACAGGGGCUGGACAAGCCACGGGCCAUCACGGUGCACCCAGAAAAAGGGUAUCUGUUUUGGACAGAAUGGGGUCAGUAUCCCCGCAUUGAACGGUCCCGGCUUGAUGGGUCAGAUCGUGUGGUCCUCAUCAACAACAGCAUCAGCUGGCCCAAUGGGAUCUCAGUGGACUAUGAGGAUGGGAAGCUUUACUGGUGUGACGCCCGGACAGAUAAGAUUGAACGCAUUGACCUGGAGACAGGUGAAAACAGGGAAGUUGUCCUGUCCUCUAACAACAUGGACAUGUUCUCGGUGUCAGUCUUUGAGGAUUACAUCUACUGGAGUGACAGGACUCAUGCAAAUGGAUCCAUUAAGAGGGGCAGCAAAGACAAUGCUUCCGAAAUUGUCUCUCUGCGCACAGGAAUCGGAGUGCAGCUGAAGGACAUCAAGGUGUUCAACAGAGCCAGGCAGAAGGGUACCAAUGUAUGCGCUCGGAACAAUGGCGGCUGUCAGCAAUUGUGCCUUUUCCGGGGAGGGGACCAGCGGACAUGCGCAUGCGCCCAUGGCAUGCUCUCUGAGGACAGUGUGAGCUGCCGUGAGUACGAUGGCUACCUGCUGUACUCAGAACGAACGAUCCUCAAGAGCAUCCACUUGUCAGACGAAAACAACCUCAAUGCACCCAUCAAGCCGUUUGAAGACAGCGAGCACAUGAAAAAUGUCAUUGCCUUGGCUUUUGACUAUCGCUAUGGCAGCAAGGGUAGCAACCGCAUCUUCUACAGCGACAUUCAUUUUGGCAACAUCCAACAAAUCAAUGACGAUGGGACAGGACGUAGGACCAUAGUUGAUAAUGUUGGCUCAGUUGAGGGGCUGGCCUACCACCGAGGCUGGGAUACUUUGUACUGGACAAGCUACACCACGUCCACCAUUACUCGGCAUACUGUGAAUCAGACCCGCCCUGGAGCUUUUGAAAGAGACACAGUCAUUACUAUGUCUGGAGAUGACCAUCCUCGAGCCUUCGUGCUGGAUGAGUGCCAGAACCUGAUGUUCUGGACCAACUGGAAUGAGCAGCACCCCAGCAUCAUGCGGGCCUCGCUGUCUGGUGCCAAUAUGAUCACCAUCAUUGAUAAAGACAUCCGUACGCCCAACGGCCUGGCCAUUGACCACAAGUCCGAGAAGAUCUAUUUCUCCGAUGCCACACUGGACAAGAUUGAGCGCUGCGAAUACGAUGGCUCCCAGCGACAGGUCAUCCUGAAGGCAGAGCCAGUGCAUCCCUUCGGGCUGGCUGUCUAUGGGGACUACAUCUUCUGGACGGACUGGGUGCGUCGGGCAGUGCAGCGCGCCAACAAAUACGUGGGCUCCGACAUGAAGCAUCUGCGCAUUGACAUCCCCCAACAACCCAUGGGCAUAAUUGCUGUGGCCAAUGACACUAAUAGCUGUGAACUCUCUCUCUGCAGAGUGAACAACGGUGGCUGCCAGGACCUGUGCCUCCCCACCCCCAAGGGCCAAGUGGUCUGCUCUUGCCGUGGCGAGAGAACCCUUCAGGAGGAUCUGAGCUGCAGAGCUGCCAACUCCACCUGUCACGUGCACACCGAGUUUGAGUGCGGGAACGGAGACUGCAUUGACUUCAGCCGGACCUGCGACGGCGUGGCCCAGUGCAAGGACAAGUCAGACGAGAAGCAAUCCUACUGCAACAACCGCAAGUGUAAGAAAGGCUACUUCCAUUGCACCAAUAAACGCUGCGUGGCCAACAGGUUCUUGUGCAAUGGCGCGGACGACUGCGGGGACAACUCAGACGAAGUUCCUUGUAACAAGACAAGCUGUGCUACCACGGAGUUCCGUUGCCGGGACGGGACCUGCAUCGGCAAUUCGAGCCGCUGCAACCAGCAUAUCGACUGCGAGGAUGCGUCGGAUGAGAUGAACUGCACUGCCACGGACUGCAGCAGCUUUUUCAAACUGGGAGUAAAAGGCACCACCUUCCUGAAGUGUGAGCACACGUCCUUGUGCUAUGCGUCAUCCUGGGUGUGUGAUGGCAGCAAUGACUGUGGAGACUAUUCAGAUGAGCAGAACUGUCCAGGUAUUGUGAGAAAAUCAAAGUGCCCUGCCAACUACUUCACCUGCCCAAGUGGGAGGUGCAUUCCCAUGACCUGGACAUGUGAUAAGGAGAACGACUGUGAAAACGGCGAGGAUGAAACACACUGUAAUAAAUUCUGCUUCCCAGUGAAGUUUGAGUGCAACAAUCACCGCUGCAUCUCCAAAUUGUGGGUGUGCGAUGGCGCAGAUGACUGCGGGGAUGGCUCGGAUGAAGACCAUCGUUGCAGUCUCACCACCUGUGCUGCAGGCUCCUUCCAGUGUCCCAACACCUAUGUGUGUGUGCCAGAACGCUGGCUGUGUGACGGGGACAAAGAUUGUGCUGAUGGUUCGGAUGAAAGUCUGGCUGCUGGCUGCUUGUACAACAAUACAUGUGAUGAGCGGGAAUUCAUGUGCAGCAACCGACAGUGCAUCCCCAAGCAUUUUGUUUGCGACCACGAUAACGACUGUGGCGAUAAUUCGGAUGAAUCUCCAGAAUGUGAGUACCCCACAUGCGGCCCCAACGAGUUCCGCUGUGCCAACGGCCGCUGCCUGAGCCACAAGCAGUGGGAGUGUGACGGCGAGUUUGACUGCCACGACCACUCCGACGAGGCGCCCAAGAAUCCUCGCUGCUCCGGCACAGAGAGCAAGUGCAACAGCACCUCUUUCCUGUGCCACAAUGGGAACUGCAUCUCCGAGCAUCUGCUCUGCGACAACAACAAUGACUGCGCUGACGGCUCCGACGAGCUCAAUUGCUUCAUCAACGAGUGCCUCAACAAGAAGCUCAGUGGCUGCUCCCAGGAGUGUGAGGACCUCAAAAUCGGCUACAAGUGCAGAUGUCGCCCCGGGUUCCGGCUGAAGGAUGACGGGAAGACUUGCAUUGACAUCGAUGAGUGCACAACCACCUACCCCUGCAGCCAGGUGUGCUACAACACCCUGGGGAGCUUCAAGUGCCUCUGCGUGGACGGCUACAUGGUGAAGCCUGAUGACCCCACCAGUUGCAAAGCUGUCACAGAUGAUGAGCCUUUCCUGAUCUUUGCUAAUCGGUACUACCUUAGGAAGCUUAGCCUGGACGGUUCCAACUACACGUUGCUGAAACAGGGGCUGAACAAUGCUGUGGCUUUGGACUUCGACUACCGGGAACAAAUGAUCUAUUGGACAGAUGUCACCACGCAAGGCAGCAUGAUCCGCCGCAUGCACAUCAAUGGCAGCAAUGUACAGGUUCUGCACCGCACCGGGCUGAGCAACCCCGAUGGGCUGGCUGUGGACUGGGUGGGUGGAAACUUAUACUGGUGUGACAAAGGAAGAGACACCAUCGAAGUAUCAAAGCUCAACGGGGCCUACCGCACCGUGCUAGUGAACACAGGGCUGCGGGAACCCAGGGCACUGGUGGUGGAUGUGCAGCACGGGUACUUGUACUGGACGGACUGGGGUGACCAUUCACUGAUUGGCAAGAUAGGCAUGGACGGUACCAAUCGGAGUGUCAUUGUGGACACCAAGAUCACCUGGCCCAAUGGCCUCACCCUGGACUACAUUAACAGCCGCAUCUACUGGGCUGAUGCCCGAGAGGACUACAUCGAAUUUGCCAGCCUGGAUGGCUCCAGCCGGCACAUAGUUCUGAGCCAGGAUAUUCCUCACAUCUUUGCCCUGACACUCUUUGAGGAUUACAUUUACUGGACCGACUGGGAGACCAAAUCCAUCAAUCGGGCUCACAAGACCACCGGCGCCAACAAAUCCACACUGAUCAGCACUCUGCAUCGGCCCAUGGACAUCCACAUCUUCCACUCCUACAGGCAACCAGAUGUUCCUAACCACCCCUGCAAAAUCAACAAUGGCGGCUGCAGCAACCUGUGUCUGCUGUCACCAGGAGGAAGUUUCAAGUGCGCUUGCCCAACUAGCUUCUACCUGGGUGCUGAUGGCAAGACCUGCAUCUCCAACUGCACAGCCAGCCAGUUCGUUUGUAAGAAUGACAAGUGCAUCCCUUUCUGGUGGAAAUGCGACACAGAAGACGACUGCGGGGAUCAUUCGGAUGAGCCCGAGAACUGCCCUGAAUUCAAGUGCCGCCCAGGUCAGUUCCAGUGUUUGACAGGCGUGUGCACCAACCCCGCUUUCAUCUGCGACGGGGACAACGAUUGCCAUGACAGCUCAGAUGAGGCCAACUGCGAGGUGCACGUCUGCCUACCCAGCCAGUUUAAGUGUACCAACACCAACCGCUGCAUCCCCGGCAUCUUCCGUUGCAACGGGCAGGACAACUGCGGUGAUGGAGAGGACGAGAAGGACUGUCCGGAGGUGACUUGUGCCCCAAACCAGUUCCAGUGUGCCAUUACCAAACGCUGUAUCCCACGGGUGUGGGUGUGUGACCGAGACAAUGACUGCGUGGAUGGAUCAGAUGAACCUGCUAAUUGCACACAAAUGAGAUGCGGCCUGGAUGAGUUCCGAUGCAAGGAUUCGGGUCGGUGCAUCCCAGCACGUUGGAAAUGUGAUGGGGAGGAUGAUUGUGGAGAUGGCUCAGACGAACCCAAGGAAGAGUGUGACGAGCGAACCUGUGAGCCAUACCAGUUCCGAUGCAGGAACAACCGCUGCGUGCCCGGCCGCUGGCAGUGUGACUACGACAAUGACUGCGGAGACAACUCGGACGAGGAGAACUGUAAACCCAGACCUUGUUCUGAAAGCGAGUUCUCCUGUGCCAAUGGGCGUUGCAUCGCCGGCCGCUGGAAGUGCGAUGGAGACCAUGAUUGUGCCGAUGGGUCCGAUGAGAAAGAAUGCAAGCCACGCUGCGAUCACGACCAGUUCCAUUGCAGGAACGGUCACUGCAUUCCCCUACGAUGGCGCUGCGAUGCCGAUGCCGACUGCAUGGACGGCAGCGACGAGGAGAACUGCAGCACCAGGGUGAGGACCUGCCCUCUGGAUGAGUUCCAGUGCAACAACACCUUGUGCAAGCCACUGGCCUGGAAAUGCGACGGGGAGGACGACUGUGGUGAUAACUCCGACGAGAAUCCCGAGGAAUGCUUGAAAUUCCACUGUCCCCCCAAUAGACCGUUCCGCUGCAAAAACGACCGCGUUUGCCUCUGGAUUGGUCGCCAGUGUGACGGUAUCGACAACUGUGGCGACGGCACCGAUGAGCUGUAUUGUGAGUCACCCACUAGCAGGCCCAGGAGCUGCAGCCAUGAGAAGAAUGAAUUCCUCUGCGACAACGGGAAAUGCAUUGGGGCUGAACUGCGCUGCAACUUCUUUGAUGACUGCGGGGACGGUUCCGAUGAGGACCUUUGCUUGCCAGAUCUCAAGACGUACGGCUGUCACAACAACGUGACCAUGUGCGGCGAUGAAGCCAAAUGCAUGCAGACCCCCUCAGCUGUGUACUGCACCUGCCGCAGUGGCUUCCAGAAAGUGGCAGACAAGAAUUCUUGCCAAGAUAUCAAUGAAUGCCUGAACUUUGGGGUUUGCUCUCAGCUCUGUAACAACACCAAAGGGUCAUACAUGUGUACCUGUGCCAAGAACUUCAUGAGAACCCAUCAUAUGUGCAAGGCAGAAGGGCCCGAACACCAGAUCCUUUACAUUGCUGAUGACAACAAGAUCCGCAGCAUGUACCCCUUCAACCCCAACUCAGCCUAUGAGCCUGCCUUCCAAGGGGAUGAGAACGUCCGCAUUGCUGCCAUGGAUGUCUACGUCAAGGGGAACAAGAUCUACUGGACCAAUUGGCACACGGGGCGCAUCUCCUGCCGCGAGCUCCCAUCCUCUGCUGGCUCCAGCGCCUCCAAUCGGAACCGACGGCAGAUAGAUGGCGGCGUCACCCACCUGAACAUAUCCGGACUGAAGAUGCCACGAGGUAUUGCCAUCGAUUGGGUGGCUGGGAACAUCUACUGGACAGACUCGGGUCGCGAUGUCAUCGAAGUGGCACAGAUGAAGGGCGAGAACCGGAAAACGCUGAUCUCAGGCAUGAUUGAUGAGCCUCACGCCAUUGUGGUAGACCCGCUUCGAGGUACUAUGUACUGGUCAGACUGGGGAAACCACCCCAAGAUUGAGACAGCAGCAAUGGAUGGGACCCUGAGGGAGACGCUCGUACAGGACAAUAUCCAGUGGCCGACAGGUCUGGCUGUUGAUUACCACAACGAGCGUCUGUACUGGGCAGACGCCAAGCUCUCUGUGAUCGGCAGCAUCCGGCUCAAUGGCACCGACCCAGUGGUAGCUAUUGACAGCAAGAAAGGGUUAAGCCAUCCUUUCAGCAUUGACAUCUUUGAGGAUUACAUCUAUGGUGUCACCUACAUCAACAACCGUAUCUUUAAGAUUCACAAGUUUGGCCAUGGGACUGUCACUGAUCUGACAGCAGGGCUCAACCACGCCACUGACGUGGUGCUCUACCACCAGUACAAGCAGCCGGAUGUGGCCAACCCAUGCGACCGAAAGAAGUGUGAAUGGCUCUGUCUCCUGAGUCCCAGUGGCCCUGUGUGUACCUGUCCCAACAGCAGGCGGCUGGACAACGGCACGUGUGUGCUCAUCCCCACACCGACUCUUUCACCUGUUGCUCCAGCCACUGACACUUGUGACCUGGUUUGUCUCAAUGGCGGUAGCUGCUUCCUGAAUGCCCGUAAACAGCCCAAAUGUCGAUGCCAGCCCCGCUACAAUGGGGACAAAUGCCAGUUUGACCAGUGCUCUAACUACUGUCAGAAUGGGGGCACCUGUGCUGCUUCCAUAUCUGGGGUGCCAACUUGCCGCUGCCCCAACGGCUACACCGGCUCCCAGUGCAACAAGCAGUUGUGCACAGACUACUGCCUCAACAACGGCACCUGCUCCGUCAACCAGGGCAACCAGCCCAACUGCCGCUGCCCUGUUGAGUUCAUCGGUGACAAGUGCCAAUACCGCCAGUGCUUUAACUACUGUGAGAAUAAUGGCAUCUGCCAGCUGACAGUCUCUGGAACCCGCCAGUGUCGCUGCCUGCCGAAUUACUACGGGGACCGCUGCCAGCAUAACAAGUGUGACCGCUGCCUCAAGGGCAACUGCUCCAUCAACAAGCAGAGCGGCAACGUCACCUGCACGUGUCCGGAUGGCAGGAUAGCCCCCAGCUGCUUGACAUGCGACAGCUACUGCCAAAACGGGGGCACGUGCACCAUGAAUCUAGAAACCUCCAUGCCAAAAUGCCAGUGCUCAGCAGAAGUGAUGGGGGACCAGUGCGAGACAUCUGUGGACAGCGAGCAGCAGAGCAACCGAACAGUCUCCAUUGUCAUCCCUCUCCUCCUGCUGCUGCUCGUGAUAUUGGUGGCUGGAGCUGUGGUCUGGUACAAGAAGCGGAUUAAAGGGGCUAAGGGCUUCCAACACCAGCGCAUGACCAACGGGGCCAUGAACGUGGAGAUCGGCAACCCCACCUACAAGAUGUACGAGGGGGACCCCGACGCCGACGACGUGGGGGAGCUGCUAGAUGCCGACUUUGCUCUGGACCCCGACAAGCCCACAAACUUCACAAACCCGGUGUACGCCACGCUCUACAUGGGGGCCCACAACAGCCGCAACUCACUAGCCAGCACGGACGAAAAGCGGGAGCUGCUGUCGAGAGGGGCAGAGGAUGACCUGGGCAACCCCCUGGCAUAGGGAUCGGGGGGAAGGGGCCGCCGGCCCAGACAGAGACCUGGGUGAAAAGAGACAGGAUGGGUUGGGGCGGGUAGGGGGGGAGCAAGAGAUACUGUAUAAAUGUACAAAUGAAGGAUUAUUACUUUUAUAUGUGAGCAGUAUUAUUACCUGUAUAUUCCCUUUCAUCUACCAGCCGCUGAAUCUCUGUCACCGGACUCCGGGGUGGCCGGAGUUAAAGGCAACUUUGGGAGGUGGAGGGGAAACCAUGAGGAAAAAAAAAACCCUGAGUUUGGGUUGAAGGGCUUCAUAAUCUUACCUGGCUGCUUCUUUUUCUUUUUUCUCUCCCCCCCCCCCCCCAAUGCACAAGUCGGUCCACCUUUCCUUCCUUUGCCAUUUAAGUUACUGUGCUUUUUCAGACUUGUAAUACAUUUCAGCAGGGGUGGAAUUCUAGCAGGAGCUCCUUUGCAUAUUAGGCCACACACCCCUGAUGCAGCCAAUCCUCCAAGGGCUUACAAGGCUCUUUUUUGUAAGCUCUUGGAGGAUUGGCUACAUCAGGGAUGUGUGGCCUAAUAUGCAAAGGAGCUCCUGCUAGAAUCCCAGCCCUGCAUUUCAGGCCCUUCCGGGUGGGGCGGGGGCAGCGAUGAACAAACAGGAGCUGCCUUGGGCAAACUCUCUUUGGGUAGAAAGGUGGUAGGGAAGCGAUUGAAGGGGCGUCAGGAAAAGUUAUCAGUUACAAAGGGGGGAAUCUGCUGCUUCUCUCUCCUGUACGGGGAAAAAAAAGAAAAUUCUUUGGGCUGCAUAUAAUCCCAGUCUGAAUUUAGUUCAACUAACCCCCCCCCCCCUUAAAAAAAAUGCUGUGCAAAGACAGUCCGGCUCUUGUUGCUUUUUGAUGUAGCAGGGACCAAUCCUGUUGUCCGUUUGUUCGUUUCAUUACAGCCUUUACAUGGGAAGUAACUUGAAAAGCUCAGUUCCUUUUCCGUUCUGAUCCCGUUGCAUUGAACUCGUGGGAUGAGGAAAGAGACUUGUGAUAGGGAGGCCUCCACCACCACCCCUCCCUGAGCAACUUGACUAGUCUUGUCAAAUCACUUUUGUCUUCCCUGGAGUCUCCUUAGCAGUUUGGCCUAAGGAGGGGUCCCCAAUUCAGUUUUGCUUGAGGGGUGAGAGCCAGUUAUUCCAGCCUACAGACGUGUAUAAUAAUCUUUCACCCAAAACACUUCUGAAAUCCCUCGAGACGGUUGCAAAUCCACUUCCGGUCUUGCUUUAGGUAAAAAUGUCACUGGCUGCUCGCAUCCUUGAGCAGAAUCAGCAAACAUCUCCCUAGGACAGAGUUUAGGCAAAUCUAGCAACCGCCCCACUCCCCCUUCUCAUCUCUAUGCGAGGAGCUUAGUUUGAAUUUUAGCAUGUGCCUCUGUUCUUGAAAAAGGCCUUCAGUAUUCUCUUCCAUUAUUUUUGUGGCAAUUUUGCAGACCUUCUAAGGAGCACAGUGGACCACUGGGGGGCUCUAUGGACCCCCACUGAAUAAUCUCUGCGGUAGAUGUUCCAUCAACGUUCCCUGAGUGGCACACUGUCUUCUUCCAUCAGUCUUAAAUCUGUCUCACCUAUAAUCAGGGCUUUUUUUGUAGCAGGAACUCCUUUGCAUAUUAUGCCACACCUCCCUGAUGUAGCCUAUCCUCCUGCUUAUAGUAGGCCCUGUACUAAGAGCCCUGUAAGCUCCAGGAAGAUUGGCUGCAUCAGGGGUGUGUGGCCUAAUAUGCAAAGGAGUCCCUGCUACAUCUUCUCCUUGCUACGCCUUAACCUUUCCCGACCAACAAGAUUCCAGGCUACUGAUAGCCUACCUUUUGUCCCCUCUAUCCAGCGUGUGGCUUUUCUGCAUCAGAUAAGUAGGCAGGGGCCUACAAAUCACAUUCCACAAGAAUUAGAUCACUCUGUAUGGGUGGUGAGAUGGAGACCCUUUCAGGUCUCAUACAUGCUUCGCCUCCAGAUCCGCUGGGCCGAUUCCUGCCGAUCCAAAUGGCAGAGCCGGUGGAUCUAGCUGGAUCGCGCAAGUGUGGACUGUCAAAACCCCACCAACAAAAUCAGCUAUGGAGAAAGCUCUUCUUUACAUGCCCACAGUACUUCGUAGAGUUUCCAGAUUUCCCUUCAUGCUAAAUGUAUUGCUGAAAAUAUUUUAUUUCCAAGAGUUUUUAUUAUUUUUUUUAGGGUUGAGGGGGGGGAUAUAUUUUGAUCAUAUCUCGCUUUUAUUUUAGCACCUGCGUCCAAAUUUUUAAAACUUGAGUUUAUAACAAUCCUUCCUCCCCUCUUUCUGAAUUCCCUCCCUUGCUAUAACUUCGGUCAUCCUUUUUUUUUUUUUAAUUUUUCUCCUGGAAAGAGGUUCAACGUUGUUUCUAUUUUUGUUUCUCUCCGACAUGCUUUUUUUAAAAAUGAAAAGAGAUCAAAAAUAAAAUAAAAUAAAAUGAACUAGCUUUUAUAGUAGAAAUGACACGCAUGUGUGGGGGGGGGAGGGAAGGAGAUCUCCUCAGCCUUUUUUUGUGGGAGGGGGGGAAAACAAAUGUUUUAAUAAUUUUUGCCGGAUUACUUUACAACUAAAAACAAAAGCAAAAAAAAUAAAAAACACAGAUAUUGUUAUAAAUAAAAUUUUUAAAAACUAA